AUGUCAUUAUUACCAUCAAUUGCAUCAAUUUUACCAAUUUUAUUAUCAAGUGGGUUAUUGGGAGCUUGGUUAUCAUGGUUUUUAGCAAGUUUCUUUAUCUUGUUUAUAGGUAUGGGGCUUUCUUUUCACGCAUCAGCAAUCCCAACUUCAGGUGGGUUAUAUUAUUAUACAAAUUAUUAUUCUCCAGAAUCAAUUCGAGUUCCUUUAAGUUUUCUAAUUGGUUGUGCAAAUACAUUAGGUUUAGCUGCAGGAACUUGUGCAAUUAAUUAUGGAUUUGCAGUUGAAGUUUUAUCAGCUAUUUUUAUACAAAGAGAUGGAGAUUUUGAAAUUACAGAUGGUGCUUUAUAUGGCCUUUUUGCUGCUUGUGUUGUUACAAAUAUUAUAAUUGCAUCAGUAGCUACAAAACAAGCAGCUAGAUUACAAGCUUUUGCAGUUUAUCUUAAUAUUUUUUUAAUUGUUAUUUUCCUUAUAGCUGUUCCAAUUGGGUACUCCAAAAAUUAUGAAUUUAAUUCUAGAGAAUUAAUCUUUUCAGAUUUACAAAAUUUCCGUGAAUGGCCAAUUGGUUGGAGUGUUUGUAUUAGUUUACAAGGUGCAGCUUGGGUUAUUGGAGCAUUUGAUUCAGUUAUUCAUUGUUCAGAAGAAUGUAAUAAUCCACAAAGAGCUAUGGCUUGGGGUAUUUUAGGGUCAAUUGGAGCUUGUGGUGUAUUAGGAGUUGCUAUUGUUACUGUUUGUGUCGCUUGUAUUGUAGAUGGUGAUAUUCAAAGAGUUUUAGAAUCGUCAACAGGUUCAGCUAUGGCACAAAUCAUUUAUGAUUCAUUAGGAAAACAUUGGGCAGUUGCAUUUAUGGCAAUGAUUGCAGUUGGUCAAUAUUUUAUGUCAACAUCAAUUGUUAUUGCAGUAAGUCGUCAAUCAUGGUCAUUUGCAAGAGAUGAUGGAUUACCUAUUAUUUAUAAUUGGGUAAAAUAUGUUGAUCCAAGAGUUAAAGUACCAGUUAGAGCAACUAUUUUUGUUGGUGGACUUUGUUUAGCUUUAGGUUUACUUGUUUUUAUUGGACCAGCUGGUGCAAAUGCAUUAUUUUCAUUAGGUAUAUGUUCAAAUAAUCUUGCUUGGAUGAUGCCAUCAUUGUUGAUAUUAUUACCAUAUGGUAGAAAGAAAUUUGUUCCAGGUCCAUUUUGGUUUGGAAAACCACUUUCUUAUACUGCAAUGACAAUUGCUUGUUUGUGGGGGGUUUUCAUAAUGGGAUUAUCAUUAUUCCCAGAUAAUAUUGCAGUUGACAAAGAAACAAUGAAUUAUACAGUUGUUAUAAAUGUUGGAAUGUGGAUUUUAUCAUUAGCUUAUUAUUUCAUAUAUGGUCAUAAGAUUUAUUCAGGACCUAAAUCCAAUUUAGAAGAUGAAGGUGAUUAUGCUGAAAGCUCAGAUGUUGCCAUGAUAGAAGAAAUAGCUACUGAGAAAAAAGUUUGA